AUGGCACAGAAAUUGUUCUGCACUGCAACACACACAGCCGAUGAUUCCAUUAAAAAAGAAGAUCAUCAAAUUGAACUCAAACUCAAAGAGCUGAUCAUAAACAUUCCACCGGAGCCAAAGGAGCCUCCUCGUUGGCCUGACUGCUGUAUCUACAGGGUUCCCAAGAGACUUCGCGAGCUCAGAGAAGAGGCCUACACCCCUCGUCUCGUUUCUAUCGGUCCUUUUCAUUGCAAGAAAAAAGAUCAGUUUAAGGACAUGGAGCAACAAAAAGUCAGAUAUUUUUGGUCUUUCUGUAAACGUACUGGGAAAAGCAGCAAGGAUCUUGCAUGCAUCAUCGAGCGCGAUGAAAAUAAAAUCCGCCAGCGCUAUUCAGAGAACUUUGAUGGUAUACUCCGUGAAGACUUUGUAACGAUGAUUCUACUGGAUGCUAUCUUUAUACUUGAGCUCUUCCUCAGGAAAUCUGAUAGUAAAAAUCAUGAAGAAGAUUAUAUAUUAAGCCAACCGUGCAUGGAACGCGGCAUACAGCAUGACCUGCUUCUACUCGAGAAUCAGCUUCCUUUCUUUGUUCUUGAGCAGUUAUACCAAAAUGGGGAACCCAAUACAGAAAAGCCAACUGUUCUUGACCUCUCUUAUAGGUUUUUUGGUGAUCUCUAUACUCGUAAUUGGCAGCCAAAUCAGCCCAAGAAGUGUGAAAAUCAUGUAAAGCAGUGUUUCACAGAUUUGGUGCGAUGCGGUUGCCCUCGACAAGAACACCAAAAAGCAACCUCACCAGUACACCCCAAACCCCAGCAUUUCACAGAUUUGGUGAGACUUUUUUUCUUUCCACCCGAACCCGAACAUGGCAUGUGCACUGAUGGUUUCCGUCCAAACCAAGAACAAGAAGACGAAAAUAAGAAACCCGAACCCAAGCUUUCCAUGUGCUCAGAUUGUUUCCGCCCAGACCAAGAACAAGAAGACGAAAAUAAAAGACAAGGCACGGUUCAACGAAAUAAACACCUACUUGGUACCGCAACAAAGCUUGACGAGGCAGGGUUGAAAUUCACUAGGCCAGAUUCAAAAAGACAUUUACUUGAAAUACAAUUUCGGGAGAAUAUCUGCUUAGAAAUGUUCCCGUGCUUCAAUCUCUCAUGGCUCUUGUCUUGCUUACCAUGCCUGAAAAGCACUUGCUUGGUCGAUAUGCAACGUUUCUUGGAAGUCCCACCCCUUCUGUUAGACGACAAAACCGAAGGUCUUUUCCGAAACCUCAUGGCCUUGGAGCAGUGCCAUUAUCCAAAUGAAACUUACGUCUGCGAUUACUUUGUGUUGUUGGAUGAUCUUAUCACAACUAAAGAAGAUGUAAGGUUGCUUGUUGAAAAGAAGAUCAUUGUUAACGAGUUAGGUUCCAGCACUGCAGUGACGAAUCUGGUUAACAACCUCGCCCUGGAGAUUGAAGAAAAUGGAAGCCAUUACACCGAGCUCUGUGGAAAGCUUAAUAAGUACUACGAAAGCAAUUGGAAUCGUCUGGUGGGAACGUUGACUCGGGUGUAUUUCUCAGACAUUUUUAAAGGCACUGCUACUAUUGUUGGAAUUAUUGUCCUGCUUCUCACUUUGUGGAAUUUCCACAGGCUCCUUAGAUUGAGUGCUGCCAACAUCGGCAAGUUCUAGAUUUGAACCAUUUCAUGUGGCAAUGUUUGUUCGAGUGCUAUAUAUAUAAACUGCUAGCUAGCUAGUAGAUGCGUGUAGCAGUGGUUUGCAUAUAGAACUAUUUGUAUUUUGGAAGUUUAUGACUGGUUUAACAUGGAUCAGUGGAGAGUCUGUCCGUCUGUGAUCUGUGUGUAUUGCAGCAAAUUACCAGCGAAUAAAGCCAGAUGCAGUUGCAUGGCA